AUGGAUCUUCUCCUCUUAGAGAAAACUCUCAUUGGCCUCUUUGCAGCCAUAAUUGGCGCAAUCGUCAUCUCUAAACUACGUGGCAAGCGUUUUAAGCUCCCUCCAGGACCCAUUCCCGUCCCCAUUUUCGGGAACUGGCUUCAAGUUGGCGAUGAUCUCAAUCAUCGGAACUUAACUGAUCUCGCCAAGAAGUUCGGUCAGAUCUUCCUCCUCCGCAUGGGGCAGCGCAACCUCGUCGUCGUAUCAUCUCCUGAACUCGCUAAGGAAGUACUCCAUACGCAGGGAGUUGAAUUCGGAUCUCGAACACGAAACGUCGUCUUCGAUAUAUUCACUGGAAAGGGACAGGAUAUGGUGUUCACUGUCUACGGUGAGCACUGGCGGAAGAUGCGACGGAUCAUGACGGUGCCGUUCUUCACCAACAAAGUUGUUCAGCAGUACAGAUACGGGUGGGAGGCGGAGGCGGCUGCGGUCGUGGAGGAUGUGAAGAAGAAUCCAGCGGCGGCGACGGAAGGUGUCGUGAUCCGGAAGCGGUUGCAGUUGAUGAUGUAUAACAACAUGUUUAGAAUCAUGUUCGAUAGGCGAUUUGAAAGUGAAGAUGAUCCAUUGUUCUUGAAGCUUAAGGCAUUGAAUGGUGAGAGGAGUCGAUUGGCACAGAGCUUCGAGUAUAACUAUGGUGAUUUCAUCCCCAUUUUGAGGCCAUUUUUGAGAGGGUAUUUGAAAUUGUGCAAGGAAAUCAAAGAGAAAAGGUUUCAGCUCUUCAAGGAUUACUUCGUUGAUGAAAGGAAGAAGCUUGGAAGCACGAAGAAAAUGGACAACAACCAACUUAAAUGCGCCAUUGAUCACAUUCUUGAAGCCAAGGAGAAGGGAGAAAUCAACGAAGACAAUGUCCUUUACAUUGUUGAGAACAUCAAUGUUGCUGCAAUCGAGACAACUCUAUGGUCGAUCGAAUGGGGAAUUGCAGAGCUCGUGAACCACCCCGAGAUCCAAUCAAAACUAAGGCACGAGCUCGACACAAAGCUCGGACCUGGAGUCCAGAUCACCGAGCCAGACGUUCAAAACCUCCCGUACCUCCAAGCUGUCGUCAAAGAAACCCUCCGUCUCCGAAUGGCGAUCCCGCUUCUAGUCCCGCACAUGAACCUCAACGAGGCUAAGCUUGGUGGCUUCGACAUCCCGGCAGAAAGCAAGAUCUUGGUGAACGCCUGGUGGCUCGCCAACAACCCCGACCAAUGGAAGAAACCCGAGGAGUUUAGGCCCGAGAGGUUCUUGGAAGAGGAAGGGAAGGUUGAGGCUAACGGGAAUGAUUUCCGGUACUUGCCGUUUGGCGUCGGGCGAAGGAGUUGCCCUGGGAUAAUCCUGGCGUUGCCGAUUCUUGGGAUUACGCUCGGGCGUUUGGUGCAGAAUUUCGAGCUGUUGCCGCCACCGGGACAAUCGAAGAUCGAUACGAGUGAGAAAGGUGGACAGUUUAGCUUGCAUAUCUUGAAGCAUUCUACUGUGGUUGCUAAACCGCGGUCGUUUUAAGGAUUUUGGUUUAUGAUCUUUUAAUGGUGACUAGCAAUGGCUAUUGUUGUUGUGUGAUUUUGGUGGGUUUUUAAUGUUAUUUGUAUAUCGUUUUAUCUA